AUGGCGUCAUCCUCAUCAGAGCCUCCAAAUCCCAUGCCCUUUUCGUGCUACCACUGCCGUAACCGUAAACUUAAAUGCGAUCGUCUUGAUCCAGAAUGCAGUCGGUGCUCUGGCACGGGCUUGAAGUGUCAGUACCCUGCUACUCGUAAACGGCCUGUCAUCACAGCGACGAGGCCGAGGGUCAAAGAGCUGGAGUCGCGGUUGGUGGACUUGGAAUAUCGCCUCAAGGCGGCUCAAGAGGAGGGCUACCAGUCAUUCCAGCCCUUUGAGCCUUCAGGAAAUCAAAUGUCGGAGACGGGGCGCUUUGAACAGUUGCCGCCACAGGAUGUUGUUGAGGAGCUCACAAAUGUCUUUUUCACAAAGGUACACACUGAAGCACAGUAUAUACAUCCUUCGCGCUACUUAGCCUCACUAUAUCUACCGCCUCAUAUGCAGCCUCCAAUGUGUCUUCAGUACAUCGUCAUGGCCCGAGCUGCGCUUGUUUCACCACCUCACAAGCAUCUUGCAGAUCCAUUCUACCGCCGAGCAAGGCACUACUUGGAAGCUGACGAGCAAAGGGGCGAGGGAGAGUAUUUCGUUACUCUUGCUCACGCACAAUGCUGCGUUCUCAUGGCUCAAUUCGAAGUACACAACACGUGGUUCUCCAGAUCGUCAAUGAGUACAUCAAAAUCCGUGCGGCUAUCACAGAUUCUAGGGUUGCACCAGCUGGAUAAUAACUGCAACUGGAAUCAGAGUGUGACGCUUCCUCCACCAAAAGAUUGGUGCGAGAUGGAAGAGAGGCGGAGGACGCUGUGGGCUAUCUUCUGCAGCGAUAAGAAUACCAGUGGGACAACGGGUUGGCCAAGUCUCAUGGAUAUCCGAACAAUGCUGCCUGCUUCGGAAGAAGCCUUCCAGCUCGCCAUUGAGGAGGCCUCGACGACACUGGCACAAGUGCUGAGCGGCGACAACUCUCUUUGCUCACCUUUCGCCUGUCGCGUCAUUACUACGCAUCUAUUUCAUGAAUGUCUUGAUCACACCUACCAACAGCAACCCGAUUCAGAUCCAAAAGAUAUUCAGAACAGCCCUUUCUGGAAACGCCACCAUGAUCUCGAUACAGGUCUGGCAACAGCUUUCGUCACACUCCCCGAAGCACUCCGUGGCGCAGAUACCCGGGACGCUAUAAAUAUAAAUCUACAGCUUCACACUGCAUCUAUAUGCAUCCAUCGCGUUGGUGUUGCGCGUGCAAAAAAACACGACAUUUCGGCCGAUAUACUAUCCUCGACACAAGCACGCCUACUGCCCUCUGCCGAUGCUAUCUUCAGCAUCGUUGCGGCACUGGCAGAUGUGUCAUCCAUGUUCCGCAACCCUCUUGUAGCAUUUGCAGCGUACAUGGCGACCUAUGUGUUCCUCGAAGACUACAUCGCAUCGCAGGCCAGCACCAGCGAGAUGAAGAUGAAUGCGCUGAUGGAGUUAAUGAUCGCAAUAGGCCGAGACAACCAGGUCACAGCUUUUGCAGCAGUCCAGAUGGCUCACGAGCUACACACAACUGGAAUAGACCCGUCUGCCAUGGACAAGGUUCAAGGUAUUAUGGCCAAGAUGCAUUCCAAGAGCCCGUUGAUGGGGCAGAAGGGUAGUAACGAGGGCAGUGUUGUGUUCUGUCCCUUUGAGAUGAUGCUGGGACCUGAGCCUCCUGGCGUUCCGAUUGAGAGUAUGAGAAAUAAUCUUGGGGGUAUGUCUUGGGGUGCUUCAGGUCUAUGA